GAGAGGCCGAGCUUGCUGCAUUGCAGCCGCCGCGGCGCCGCUCGGCUCCUCACUCCCAACAAUGGCGGCUCCGAGCCCGAGCGGCGGCGGCGGCACCGGGGGUGGCAGCGGCAGCGGCACCCCGGGGCCUGUAGGGUCCCCGGCGCCUGGCCACCCGGCCGUCAGCAGCAUGCAGGGUAAACGCAAAGCACUGAAGUUGAAUUUUGCAAAUCCACCUGUCAAAUCUACAGCAAGGUUUACUCUGAAUCCCAAUACUACAGGAGUCCAAAACCCACACAUAGAGAGACUGAGAACACACAGCAUUGAGUCAUCAGGAAAACUGAAGAUCUCCCCUGAACAACACUGGGAUUUCACUGCAGAGGACUUGAAAGACCUUGGAGAAAUUGGACGAGGAGCUUAUGGUUCUGUCAACAAAAUGGUCCACAAACCAAGUGGGCAGAUAAUGGCAGUUAAAAGAAUACGGUCAACAGUGGAUGAAAAAGAACAAAAACAGCUUCUUAUGGAUUUGGAUGUAGUAAUGCGGAGUAGUGAUUGUCCAUACAUUGUUCAGUUUUAUGGUGCACUCUUCAGAGAGGGUGACUGUUGGAUCUGUAUGGAACUCAUGUCUACCUCGUUUGAUAAGUUUUACAAAUAUGUAUAUAGUGUAUUAGAUGAUGUUAUUCCAGAAGAAAUUUUAGGCAAAAUCACUUUAGCAACUGUGAAAGCACUAAACCACUUAAAAGAAAACUUGAAAAUUAUUCACAGAGAUAUCAAACCUUCCAAUAUUCUUCUGGACAGAAGUGGAAAUAUUAAACUCUGUGACUUUGGGAUCAGUGGACAGCUUGUGGACUCCAUUGCCAAGACAAGAGAUGCUGGGUGUAGGCCAUACAUGGCACCUGAAAGAAUAGACCCAAGUGCAUCACGACAAGGAUAUGAUGUCCGCUCUGAUGUCUGGAGUUUGGGGAUCACAUUGUACGAGUUGGCCACUGGCCGAUUUCCUUAUCCAAAGUGGAAUAGUGUAUUUGAUCAACUAACUCAAGUCGUGAAAGGAGAUCCUCCACAGCUGAGUAAUUCUGAGGAAAGGGAAUUUUCCCCAAGUUUCAUCAACUUUGUCAACUUGUGCCUUACAAAGGAUGAAUCCAAAAGGCCAAAGUAUAAAGAGCUUCUGAAACAUCCCUUUAUUUUGAUGUAUGAAGAACGUACCGUCGAGGUCGCAUGCUAUGUUUGUAAAAUCCUGGAUCAAAUGCCAGCUACUCCCAGCUCUCCCAUGUAUGUCGAUUGAUAACGCUGCUACAUCAGACUCUAGGAAAAAGGGCUGAGAGGAAGCGAGACGUAAAGAAUUUUCAUCCCGUAUCACAGUGUUUUUAUUGCUCGCCCAGACACCAUGUGCAAUAAGAUUGGUGUUCGUUUCCAUCAUGUCUGUAUACUUCUGUCACCUAGAACGUGCAUCCCUGUAAUAUCUGAUUGAUCACACAGUGUUAGUGCUGGUCAGAGAGACCUCAUCCUGCUCUUUCGUGAUGAACAUAUUCAUAACAUGUGGAAGUCAGUACGAUCAAGUUGUUGACUGUGAUUAGAUCACAUCUUAAAUUCAUUCCUAGACUUGAAACCUGGAGACGCAGCUACUGGAAUGGUGUUUUGUCAGACUUCCAAAUCCUGGAAGGACGCAGUGAUGGAUGUACUGUCUGAAAAUAGAGACUCGGGCUUGAGUGAGAAGAGCUUGCACAGACAGCGAGACACAUUGCCUUCUGGAGCUGGGAGACAAAGGAGGAAUUUACUUUCUUCACCAAGUGCAAUAGAUUUACUGAUUUGAUAUUCUGUUGCUUUACAGUCACAGUCGAUGUUUGGGGAUCGAUGUGCUCAGCCAAAUUUCCUGUUUGAGAUAUCAUGUUAAAUUAGAAUGAAUUUAUCUUUACCAAAAACCAUGUUGUGUUCAAAGAGUUGAACAUUAAAAUACUGAGACAGGACAGAAUGUGUUAUUUUCUCCUUUACCAGUCCUUCUGCUCUUCGUUGGGAAGACUCAGGAGUCUGCCACUUGUCAAAGAAGGUGCUGAUCCUAAGAAUUUUCAUUCUCAGAAUUUGGUGUGCUGCCAACUUGAUGUUCCACCUGUCACAAACCACCAGGACUGAAAGAAGAAAAAAGUGCAGAGGGCAAAGUUUACAGAUGUUUUUAAUUCUAGUAUCCGGAAUAACUUGUAGUAGCUAUAUAUUUCCCCUUGGUCCCAAGUCUGAUACUUUAGCCAUCAUAACUCACUAACAGGGAGAAGUAGACAGUAGCAAUGUGCCUUGAUUGAUUAAAGAUUUCUUAUAGGCAGCAAAUGACCAAAUCUCAGUUGUUUGCUUCUUGCCAUCAUUGGUCCAGGUCUUCAGUUUCUAAAUCUUUCCCUUUUCUGUGGUCUAUUGCCACAGUAUGACUUUUGCUUAAUUCAAUGUUUUGCCUUUUUUUCUAUAUCAAAAGCCUCCAUAAUUACCAGGGAUAUUCUUUAUUGAGACUUUUAGCCCCAAAUCCUUAUUUUAAUAUUUAAAAGGCUGAGAAAAACAGGGCCCAGCUGAUGUAGUGGUGAUGAAGAGGCCGUGUUUUCUAAAGACACAUUUGGCCAGAGAGGAUCUGAAAUGGCAGUCUUUAGAUAAGCUCACCACCUGCUUAAAUUACCAAUUCACCAUCAUUUCUUAGACUUGGAUUUCUAACCCCUUCCCCCCCAAUAACAGGCAAAACAAAAAACCCAGAAUGGUUUAGAAGUAGCUACUUGACAUCUUUCCCUCUUUGUCUUUACCUACCUAUUCAUUAACCAACUUCUCAUUAGGUUUUGCUCCAACCUCCCUGGAACUGAACAUUAGGCUUUGUAUAGCAGUUAAGCAGCACUGUGAGUGGUCCAAGCACACUGGAUUGUAAAACAGCCAUGGUCUAAAAUGCAGGUGAUGCCAUUACAAAGCCAAAUUGUGGCAAGGUAUUACUGUGUCUCCUCCCAAAGUGACAGUCAAAAACACUAUAAAACAAUAAAAGGAGAAUGGUGCUGUUUAAAGUUACAUCCCUGUAAAUUACAAAUUCAAAAGUGAUUUAUUUCUUUGGUCCAUUGCCUAAUUUCUGUUUUCUCCCCCAUGGCAUCCUAAACCUUAGACUUCCCAGUGUUGUGAAAGGAGGCGUUGCUAUGUCUUCCUUCAUCUACACCAAGCCAUCAUCCUCCAUUGUUCCCAGGACUCAAGAGGAAUUUGUUUCUCUGCUGUCACCUUCCUGUCUGGCUCAGCAUAGGGUCACUUUGCCAUUAUGCAAAUGGAGAUAAAAGUAAUUCUGGCUGUCCAGGAGCAAAUCUGACCAUUCUGUUGUGUGGAUGACCACAUAAAAAGGCAAUUUUAGUGUAUUAAUCAUAGAUUAUUAUAAACUAUAAACUUAAGGGCAAGGAAUUUAUUACAAUGUAUCUUUAUUAAAACAAAAGGGUGUAUAGUGUUCACAAACUGUGAAAAUAGUGUAAGAACUGUACAUUGUGAGCUCUGGUUAUUUUUCUCUUGUACCAUAUAAAAGUGUAUAAAAAUUAUCAAAAAGCUAAUGUGCAGGGAUAUUGCCUUAUUUGUCUGUAAAAAUGGAGCUCAGUAACAUAACUGCUUCUUGGAGCUUUGGAAUAUUUUAUCCUGUAUUCUUGUUUGAAUUCCUCCUCUAUUUAAGAUAUAUACAUGGAAUCGAAGUGUUUAUGUAAUAGUUCUAUCCUUUUGCCUGCAGGUCAGUUGUAAUAAAUUUAGGAUGUGAUGAUGACUUUGUAAUUUGAUUUUCUGAAGUCAGACCCUAAGAGGGUAAAGUCAAGUGAAUUACAUUAAAUUAUGUAUGCAUUUCACA